AUGACCGGCCACCACGGCUGGGGCUACGGCCAGGAGGACGGUCCUUCAGAAUGGCACAAGUUGUACCCCAUCGCCCAGGGAGACCGCCAGUCUCCCAUCAACAUCGUCUCCAGUCAGGCUGUUUAUGACCCUACCCUGAAGCCCUUGGUCCUGGCCUAUGAGUCCUGCAUGUCCCUGAGCAUCUCCAACAACGGACAUUCUGUCAUGGUGGAGUUCGAUGAUGUGGAUGACCAGACAGUGGUGAAUGAGGGCCCCCUGAUGAAGCAGUUCCAUUUUCACUGGGGGAAAAAACACAGCUUAGGUUCAGAACACACAGUGGAUGGCAAGUCCUUCUCCAGUGAGCUCCAUUUGGUCCACUGGAAUGGGAAAAAAUACAAGACCUUUGCUGAGGCAGCAGCAGCCCCAGACGGCCUGGCUGUGGUCGGCAUCUUCUUGGAGACUGGAGACGAACAUGCCAGCAUGAACAAACUGACAGAUGCAUUGUACAUGGUCAGAUUCAAAGGAACCAAAGCCCAGUUCAACAGCUUCAAUCCCAAAUGCCUCCUGCCCAUGAACCUGAACUACUGGACCUACCCUGGCUCCCUGACCACCCCGCCGCUGAGCGAGAGCGUGACCUGGAUCGUCCUCAAGGAGCCCAUCACCAUCUCAGAGAAGCAGAUGGAAAAGUUCCGGAGCCUCCUCUUCAUUGCCAAGGAGGAUGAGAAGGUCCAAAUGGUGAACAAUUUCCGCCCUCCUCAGCCACUGAAGGGAAGAGUAGUUCAAGCCUCCUUCCAGUCCUGAAGAGGGUCAAGCUGUGAACAGUAACAGCCAUGAU